AUGGACAAUGGAGUUUCAGAGAACUACCAAGUCUCUAUCAUCCGAGAGGAAUUAGUAGAAACUGUUACAGAUGGUGAAGUGAAAGAUGAGGAAGGUCAUGCCAAGAAAAGUUACUCCUGCCCAUACUGCCAGAAAACUUUCAAACGUAAAUUCAGUCUUGACUGCCAUGUUAAAGUACAUACUGGAGCAAAGCCAUACGAAUGUGAAGUAUGUUACAAGAAAUUUUCUUUGGCCAGUAAUUGCAAGAAACACACAUUGACUCACUUGGACUACCGACCACAUCAGUGCAAAUUUUGUGGGAAAAAAUUCAGUCAGAAUGGGAAUCUGCUGAGGCAUGUGCUCUCUAUUCAUGGCAAAAUGAAGGGAUUUGGAAUGCCUCUUGUGUCUCAUCCACAAAAGACUGUCAGUGCCUCAGAUGUGCCUCUUUACAUUCAAAUCAGUGAAGCUGUAAAAGAACAGGAAGCUCUUUCACAACCAUGUGCCUUAGUGUAUACCCAAAGUGUCUUAAAAAUGCAUGAUGAAGAUCAGAACUCAGCUUUCAAGCCUCUUUUGUUGACUAUGGAAUCAGAUGUGGAAACAUCCCUUAUCAAUGCCAUCAAUGCUGUUCAAGAUGAAUUGAGAGGGGAGUUAGAGGACUUGGCUUCAGUGCAAUGCUCAAGAUGUCAACAGUUCAACACCCCACAGUGCCUUAAGGAACACCUGUCUCACCCUUUCCAUUGUGAUACCUGUGGUCAUACCUUUUCCAAGAAGUCUGCCUUGAUUCAACAUGAGAGCUUUCAUAGUGCCUUCCGUCCAUAUGCUUGCCCAAACUGCGGGCUCAGUUUCCUAGAGACUUUCCAGAAAGUGAACCACCUUACUAAAUGUCCUGGUAAGCAUGGCCUUAUCAGGUGCGCAUUAUGCAGCAAGGCCUUCAUCCACAAAAUUUCAUGCUCCAUCCACAUGAAGACAAGGCAUGCCAUCAGUGAGGGAAUCACUUUCAUCCAUGAUGACGAUCUAGCAGACCAUCCUUUGGACUUUGAGACCAUGGUAGCUGAAAUGCAAGGCAAUGUUAGAAGUGAUCUGCUCUCCACAGAUAAAGACCCAAUUGAAACUUCUGAAGAUUUCAAUGUCAUGGUGGCUGAAAUGCAGGCUAAGAUUGCAGACCAGUCACAUAGCCCUCAGGGAUCCAUUUCAAGUGGUGAGGUUGAGAUGAUACCAGAAGUCAGUGAUGAGAAUCGUCGACCAAAUGACCACAAUAUAGAGUUGCUUCCAGAGGUCAUCUCAAAGAAUGGCUUGAAGACAGUGAGGUUAGGAGUCCUAUGCAAGCAACUGCAGCAGCAGAUCUCUUCAUCAAAGGACACCUUGUUAGGUGUUGCAGCAAAGUCUGUUGAGUCUUCCAAUAUCAUCCAGUCUGAGCACUCUUCCAUGGUGCCUGUAACUCUUUCUGAGAUUCCAAAGAUGAAUGGCACUUAUCCACUUGUCUCACUCCUUGGUGCACCAACACAUAGCCCAAAACACUGGCGUCCUCUUAGUAAGAGGACACGUAUAUGUCCCAUCUGCAACAAAGUGUUCACUAAAACAUGGGGCUAUACAUGCCACAUGAGAAUUCACACAGGGGAACGUCCAUACACUUGUGAGUUUUGUAACAAGAGCUUCACAACCACAGGGAACUUGGACAAACAUCGUGUGGUGCACACCAAAGAGCGCAAGUACUCAUGUGAGAUUUGUGGUGCACGUUUCACACAAUGGGGAAAUCGAGAGCGACAUAGAAGAGUCCAUUCAGAAGAUUUGCUACCAUGUUGUUAUUGCCCUGUAAAACUGGGUUCUGCACCUUUGUUGGAGGAGCACGUGAUGGUGCAUCAUCUACAUAGUAAGCAUAUGCAUGACGAGGACAUCCAUUAG